AUGGACGAUAUAGAGGAAUGUGAAGUGCCGUUACGGCGUGGUACGCUGCGAGAAUUGGUAGCGGUAUCUAGGAAGCCACAAGAAUCAUCAGGAACAUCUAAAAAUGAAGGAAAUCAUUCUAGUGAGAUCAUUUUCAGAGAGGUAUGCCACUAUUGUAUCACUGGAACCCCGAUACUCGGUACUUUGACCCUCACAAGUGAGUCCUUAACCUUCGAACCUGAUUCUAGGGAUGCUACUGUCAAUGAACGAGGAUGCAGCUAUUAUCAGGUCCAUCUGGAUCUAUGCAAUAUCGCAGAAUGUGGUCUUAUAGGUAUAUCCUCAGAUGACCUCAGCUCAUACGAUGGUGGCAAUAUGCACUGCAACGGACUGUUACAAAUAUUACUAAAAACAAGAAAUAGGGAGACCCUAUCUGAACCACUAAAUGAUGAUCAUGAUUUGUCAGUACCUGCAAAUGUUAAUAACGAUCGUGAACGUCGAUCUAUGAGUCUUGUUUUACAAGGUAUAUCUAAAUUGGGUUAUGUUGCCAAUAUAGCAGGGCUCGCUAUGCCACAAAAAUUGCCGCCGGAGAAACCAGCACAACAACCAUUUCCAGCAAAAGUGUUUGUCGUUUUUGCAUUCUUCAAAAAAGAAGUAGCUCAUAGAUGCACUAUCGCAUUAAUGGACGCACUGGAUAAAGCUAGACAUCGGGAAACUAUAACACCUACCAGAACUAGAAUAUCAAGUGUACCAUUUGCAUCAAACUCACUGCUAGAAAUGCUCACGGAUUCAUAUAGUGAUGACCAAAAUGAUAGGUCACAUAUGCGUAGAAGACGUUCUCACGAUAGUGGUUCCCGGAAAUCAUCGCACAAGAAACCACAACAAAAUCUUCAUACAGAUGGGAUCGCCGAAUGUGAGCAUGAACUACGCAAAAGGGUGGAACGCUUAUCACGAAUAUUGAAAGUUGAUAUGGUCAGUCAACUUAUCGAUAGCCUGCCACCAGCACUUGCCAUCCGGGAUUGGGAGCUCUCAUUUAAAACAUCACAUGAUGGUGUAUCGUUCAGAACACUUUAUAAGAACCUAGAAGGGCACGGACACUGUCUAUUGGUGAUAAAGGAUGAUCGGGGUGGUGUUUUUGGUGCUUUCACGGGACACAUAGGACUGUCGUACAAGUUCUAUGGUACUGCGGACACUUUUGUCUUCAGGUUCAACGAGGGUAGGCUGAAGGUGUACCGUUCUAAAGGUAACAACAAAUGUUUUGUGUACUCAAAUGAGAACGCUAUUGUUAUCGGUGGAGGGGCGAAUUCAGCAUUAUCGAUACAUGAAUCGUUCCGUAGCGGUACCACUGCUGCUUGCGAGACUUUUGGUAACGAGCCCUUAUCGAAUACGUUCGCUUUCAAUAUUGACGAGAUGGAAGUUUGGACAUUCGGAAACUACCUUGUAUAG